AUAAAGCAUUAACAAGCAUUACAAGACAUUCAAUGCUGGACCAUAGCAAAAAAAAAUCCAUCUGGUUAAGAAGCAGCUCACCAACCUUCAGCUCUGGACAGACAACACACUUUCACUCAGAAAUAAACAGACAAUGCAUUUGGUCUUGCCGAGGACUCUCCACAGGACAAAGAGUUCUGCUCAUCUGCUUAGAAGACUCUUCUCCCAAAAGUACUUACCUACUUUAACGCUUUUUACCAAGGAUCCAUGCCCAUUGUGUGAUGAAGCAAAAGAAGUCCUUGAACCAUAUAAACACAGGUAUAUUUUUCUGCAGGUAGAUAUCACACUGCCGGAGAACCAAAUUUGGUGGGACAGAUACAAAUACGACAUCCCAGUCUUCCAUCUGAAUGGACAGUUUCUAAUGAUGCACCGAGUUAGCACUUCACUCCUGGAGAAACGGUUGGCUGAAGUGGAUGAAGAACAACAAUAAAAUGACUUUGCAAUAGUGUAGCCUUCUUAAAGCUAGAAUCCAGGUCACCCCACCUGUGUUUUGGUAAAGAGCUGAGGGAUGGGCACUAUAACCACGCUCAAAUUCAUGGACAGAGAUAUGGAUGCAAGGUCAGACCAUGCAUGAUAUUAAAAUGAUAGUUUUAACCAUUUUUUUUAGGCUAUUCAGUGUUUGUUUGCAUUUACAUUGUUUACAAUUAUUGGGAGUAAACUAAGCCUCUAUUUUGGGUUCUCAUGGAGUGUGACUGUUGAACAAAGCUCAUGAGGCAUUUAUAUAAGUUAUAUUCUUCAAAAAUUAAUGUAUAUAUAUAUAUCAUUAUUUUAUAGGUCCAAAAAUGAAAGUAGUAACUAAGCAUUCCAUCUUUAAAUAUACAGUUAAGGCCUACUGGCUCCCGAGUGGCCCAGCGUCAUCCGGGUUUGGCUGGGGUAGGCCGUCAUUUAAAAUAAGAAUUUGUUCCUAACUGACUUGCCUAGUUAAAUAAAGGUUAAAUAAAAAGUAUAUGUACAGUUGAA